UUGUAACUUUUAUUUUGGGGUAGUUUAUUUUGUAUUAUGGUUUAUUUCUACUCAGAGCUGAUCUUUUUUUUUUUUGCCAGGGCUGUAUAUAAUCAAUUUUAAUGUCUCCCCCCGAGACACAUUUUACUUUCGUAUCAGUAGACUGCUGUAGCCUACGUUCAGGUUUGGCUGGCAUUUUAGAGCUCAGACGCUAUGUGGCGCUCUCGCACCAUGAGAGGAGCUCGUCCUGACCGCUACGCUCGGAUAGCUCCGAGUCUGGGAAACCUUCAGAAACUCACCAUCCAGCAUUUCAGCCUUCACACCGGAGCGCACUGGCGUGCUGGCGUCCGCGGGAGCGCACUGUUCAGGUUAGGAUGGACGCCUCUGCAUCGAAACAGAGAACCGCAGGGGUUUGUUGGGUGGGAGAGGCAGAGGCUGAAGGCGUGAGUGGGUGGAGGAAGGUACAGUCAGUUUCGAUUUAAUUCCUUAACCGGCUCCCUUUACGCAGGGUGGAGAGGUACAGUAGUCUGCCGCCUGGCAGUAUAAUCCGCUUGACGGGAGGAGCUGGGAAACACUCUCCAGACAGAGACAGAGAGAGGGAGGGAAAGAUUUAAGUCGGACAGGGGCAGAGAGAGUUGACAGGAGUGCUUGUCAUAUUGGAGCUUUUUUUUCCUGCUGCUGAAGCCUUAGUUGAACUGACUGAUAAAGACUCUGGGGAUCAUGCAAGCGGUUUGAAUUCCACUUAACAUCAUGAGUGGACCGACAAAUGUUCAGUACCAGUCAGGUCUUUAUGGAGGAAACAACAACAGCAGCGCUCCUCUCUCCAGCCAUGGAAAUUCGCCCAUCCUGUGUGAGCGUUGUGGGGAGGUGUGUCGUGGGGAGGUGGUGCGCGUCAAAAACACACACUUCCACGUUCAAUGCUUCACCUGCCAAGUGUGUGGCUGUGAUCUGGUGCACUCUGGUUUCUUCCAUCACUCUGGCGAGUACAUCUGUACUGCGGACUACCAGCGGCUCUAUGGGACCCAGUGUGACAGCUGUGAGCAGUACAUCACUGGGGAGGUGGUAUCUGCCCUGGGGAGGACAUACCACCCACACUGCUUCGUCUGCAGCAUUUGCAGGAGUCCAUUCCCAAUUGGAGACAGGGUGACCUUCUGUGGGAAGAAGUGUGUGUGUCAGCAGUGCUCACACACUCUGAAAAGCGACAAGCCCGUCAAGGUCCACGGACCAAGCUACUGUGCAGGCUGUGGCGAGGAAAUCAAACAGGGUCAGUCUCUGCUGGCUCUGGAGAGACAGUGGCAUGUCAGUUGCUUUAAAUGCAGAACGUGCGGCUGUGCGCUCACUGGAGAGUACAUCAGCAAGGAUGGGAUACCUUACUGUGAGACUGACUACCACACUCAGUUUGGGAUCAGGUGUGAUAGCUGUAACAGGUACAUUAGCGGCAGAGUACUUGAGGCUGGAGGGAAGCACUAUCACCCCAGCUGUGCCAGGUGUGCUCGCUGUCAUAUGAUGUUCCUGGAAGGAGAAGAAAUGUACCUUACAGGUUCAGAGGUUUGGCAUCCCAUGUGUAAAGAAGCAGCUCGGCUGGCGAGAAAACUGAGGCUGAGACGCACCUCUGAGACGGCAUCCAUUUCUCCUCCAGGCUCCUCUCCUCUCCUCGGCUCCCCUCACCGGCUCAUCUGUUCUAAAGCUGACAGCGAUCUUUUGGGCUAUAAGCAGCUGGCGGCUCUGCCCAGGGUCAAAGCCAUAUAUGACAUCCAGAGGCCUGACAUCAUCCCUUAUCAGGCCGACCAUGCCCACACAGACCUCUCAGAUGACACUUUGGAGCGAUACAGCUGCAGACAGUCCUUGGUCUCCUUAUCACAAUACUCUCAUGAUCUCUUGGACAGCGUGGAACUAAGAACGAGGCGUUCCUCCAGCUCUGCCUUCACUGACUCUCCUGCACACGGAGGCUCCCCACUGCAUUAUUAUCUCCCUGGCAGUGAGAGUGGCAGGAGUUCACCCUAUUACAGUCAGCCAGAGCCCAGGUGUGCCACACCCACCACCACCACCAUCUUCCAAGCCCCAAAGCAUUUCCAUGUGCCAGCUUCUGAGGAAACCAACAUCUACAGGAAACCCCCCAUCUAUAAAAGACAAGCCAUAUCUGCCUCUCCAGCAGCCAGUAAGAGUAAGACCAAUGAAAACCUCCUCAAUUCCAGUCGCCUUUCCACCGCCAACGGCAACAGCCUUUAUCACCCAGACUCCAACUACUACCCAUAUACUGGCUCACCAAAAGUCUCCAGGGUCAGGAGGUUUUCAACCGGAGGAGAGGAGGAUGGAUGGAAUCAGAAUAUAAACAAGGGAAUUGGCAGGAUGAUCCUGAAGGAGGAGAUGAAAGCGCGUUCAGGUUGUUACGACAAUGACCAGUGGGGGAGCAGACGCAGUUCCCGCAGUAGCAGCAAGGAGGCGCUGAAUAAUCUGGAAUACAGCUCUCUCAAUGGCUCUCCCAGGUCCGUCUACAGUGCAGACAGCGACUCAUACAUUGCCAAAUCGUCCUCGUUGCCAGGCUACGGCAGAAAUGGACUAAACAGGCAGCCUGGGAGUGCGGGUGCAGAUCAUUACCAGUAUGACAGCAGUAAUGCAGUUAAUUGGCAGAUCAGAGAAUACAAGAUCUACCCAUAUGAAGCCCUAAUAGUGUCAGUCAGAGGGCAGCAGCGUCUCCCUAGUGAUGUGGAUCGAGCCAGACUGGAGCGUCACCUCUCACCAGAGGACUUCUACAGAGUCUUUGGCAUGUCCAUGUCUGCCUUCGAUCAUCUUGCUCAGUGGAAGAAGAACGAACUGAAGAAACAGGUCAGACUCUUCUGAGAAAAUGAAUCCAGGAGAACCGUCUAACCGAGUGCAGGUCCUCCGCCAACAACAACAAGCUCUGAAAAGGAGCCUACAGAGAGGCCUGCGGACCCCAGAUUGACUCUGUUUCACAGUGGAAGAGGAACUGGCUGAAAUAAAAGACUCUCCUCUUUUGAGGUAACAAGAGCAGAACUGUUCUUGGCUCCUGAUCCUGUGUGUACUUAGACAUCUUAAACAAUACAUAUGAAGUCAGCCAACUGGCCAAAAGGGGAAAGAAAGUGGAAUCAGAGGAAGGAGAACUGAAAGGAGAUCAUGAGGACUUUGAGAGGCAGCAGAUGAGCCCCACUGGAGCUGCAACAGACAUAAAGCUGAUGAGGACAUCCUACCAUACUUAGGGUUUGCCACACUGCGCCAAACUUGCAUCUAUGCCCAAAAUUAGGGAGAGAGUUUGGGUAGAGAAUAGGCUGCCUGGAAGACGGACCGGCAUAUUGUUGGAGGCAAAAAGGAUCCAGUUUUAGUCACACAUACGCUAUCAUCAUCAUCAGCGACUCAUAAGAUGACGAGAAUAGUGUGAUUCUCAUUAACAUUAGGGUUAUUGAAUGUGACAUACACAUGGUGUUUUUAUCUAUCUAAUAAAGCGAGACGUACCUGUAUGUACGUAUGUAUGUAUGUAUGUGUGUCCAUGUUUAGGGGAAAGGUAACCUGCACGUCACACGCAGACGCCACAUGCAGAACACUUUACAACAGCGGGGGCGGGGGUGUUACC